AUGAUAUCAACAAGAUUCGUACGGAUCUUGAACCUCUUCAAACCAAAACCCUUUACCCCUCCCCCACAAGCUCAAGCAUCUAACCCCUCGGCAAUCGGCAAGAUGCGUCUCCCCUACGUCGCCAACCCACCCACCACCACCUCGGAAGAGGACGCAGCCAUCGUCUCCCGGAUUCAAGCCCGUCGCGCGCCCCGGCCCCUCCAGCCCUUGGACUUGACACUCUUGCAUGCCCCCCCCGUCGCCGACGGCUGGAACUCCUUCCUGGGCGCCGUCCGCACGCAGACCACCAUAGGCGCCGACAUCCGCGAGCUCGCCAUCUCUCGUGUUGCCGUCGUAAACAAGGCAUGGUAUGAGUGGGGCCACCACGCACCUUUGGCCGUUCAGGCAGGUGUGUCUGCCGAGGGCAUGGAUGCCAUCAAGAGCGAGGCCCCCCUGGAGCUGGGUGCUCGGCCUGCGUUGUAUUUGAGUGAGAAGCAGUGGGCUGUGCUGGUGUACACGGACGAGAUGACCCGCAACGUGAGGGUCAAGAAUGAGACUUUUGAGAAGCUCAAGGGCCUGUUCAGUGAGCGGGAGGUGGUGGAGAUUACCACAACGGUUGCGUGCUACAACUGCGUGAGCCGGUUCCUGGUGGCUCUUGAUGUCGGGGAGAGGAACAGCACCGGGCCUGAUGAUGUAAAUUUGUCCAAACAUUAA